UUUCCAGUCGUUGCCGUCACAGAGGCGAAGGUUCGCCACCCCUACCAUGCGGUCCCGACUUGGAGCCAACAUCGUCACUGCUGACGCCCACUGAUGGUACUUGUCCACUGAUACCUCACUUGACGUAGUUGCACCACCAGUUAUCAGGCCUGCUUUGAACGUGUCCAGAAUAUGAUCGCUAUUGUUCCUAUACUCUCCCUCUAUCAGUGUGGUGGCUCCGGUCUGAGACACCUGUGCCACUCCAGGAGACGCGUCGUCCAUGCAGGCAUCCCACAUCUGGUAGCCAGUCGUGUGAGAGGCUCCAGUCGGAGGAGACCAGUGGGCAUUGGAGGGGUAGUAGUCAGGCUGACACACUCCAGUCCAAGUGCCCACGAAUGUGACGGUGUAGACGGCGGGAGGUGCGGAACACCACGGCUCGGGGCGAUCAGGGUUGUAGAACUCCACAUUUUCACUGCUGUCGCAGCAGCACGUGGAGCAUUCAGCUAUCGGAUCCUUCCGCGGGCAGCUCGUGAU